GCGCGGAGAGAGGCUGGGAAGAACCCACAGGGAGAUUCACAGACACAUAGACACGGGAGAGAGAGGAGGAGAGAGACAGAGACAAAGGCACGGCGGAAGGAGGCAGAGAGAGGGCAGGCACAGAAGCGAAGCCAGACCGAGUCUGAGAGAGUGCAGAGGCAGAGACUAGAGAAGCUGCAGAAACAGGCAGGGAGAGACAAAGAUCCCGGAGAGGAGAGUGUGGGAGGAGAGUUUGGAGGAACCAGACCACCAGGCACCUCUCCUAAGCCUAAGGGCCAAGUUUUCUCCAUCUUCUCCGAAGGUCCCCAGCCCCUCUGAAAACUCUGCCACUGACCUUGGCAUGAGUCCGAGCCCCCAGGCUGCAGAGAGAAGCUUUCCAAAGCCGGGGCGGGGAGGACUUGGUGCCCAGACGGCCUCAGUCCCUCCCAGCUGCAGCACCAGUGCCAUGUCCCGGACGGACUCGCAUCCCGGGAGGGGCUUGGCGGGGUGCUGGCUGUGGGGAAGCCAGCCCCGCCUGCUGCUCCCCACUGUGCCCAUCUCCAGGCUGCUGCGGCUGCUUCUGCUACUUCUGGCCUCCCUCCUGCCCUCAGCCUGGCCGGCCAGCCCCCUCCCCCGGGAGGAGGAGAUCGUGUUUCCAGAGAAGCUCAAUGGCAGCGUCUUUCCUGGUUUGGGCGCCCCUGCCAGGUUGUUGUACCGCUUGCCAGCCUUUGGGGAGGUGCUACUACUAGAACUGGAGCAGGACCCCGGCGUGCGGGUCGAGGGGCUGACGGUGCAAUACCUGGGCCAGGCGCCUGAGCUGCUGGGCGGGGCAGAGCCGGGUACCUACCUCACCGGCACCAUCAACGGAGAUCCGGAGUCUGUGGCAUCUCUUCACUGGGACGGGGGAUCUCUGUUAGGGGUGCUGCAGUAUCGGGGGACCGAACUCCACAUCCAGCCCCUGGAAGGAGGCACCCCUAACUCUGCCGGGGGGCCUGGCGCUCACAUUCUACGCCGGAAGAGUCCUGCCAGCGGCCAGGGUCCCAUGUGCAACGUCAAGGCUCCUUCUGGGAACCUCAGCUCCAGCCCCCGAAGGGCCAAGCGCUUUGCUUCACUGAGUAGAUUUGUGGAGACCCUGGUGGUGGCAGAUGACAAGAUGGUGGCAUUUCACGGGGCAGGGCUAAAGCGCUACCUGCUGACAGUUAUGGCAGCAGCGGCCAAGGCCUUCAAGCAUCCAAGCAUCCGCAACCCUGUCAACCUGGUGGUGACUCGGCUAGUGAUUCUGGGCCCAGGUGAGGAAGGGCCCCAAGUAGGGCCCAGUGCCGCCCAGACCCUGCGCAGCUUCUGUGCCUGGCAGCGAGGACUCAACACCCCCAAGGACUCGGACCCUGAGCACUUUGACACAGCCAUUCUGUUUACUCGUCAGGACCUGUGUGGGGUCUCUACUUGUGACACUCUGGGCAUGGCUGACGUGGGUACUGUAUGUGACCCAGCUCGGAGCUGUGCUAUCGUGGAGGAUGAUGGGCUCCAAUCAGCCUUCACUGCUGCUCAUGAACUGGGCCAUGUCUUCAACAUGCUCCAUGACAACUCAAAGCCCUGUGUUGGUCUGAAUGGGCCUGGGGGCACCUCUCGCCAUGUCAUGGCUCCUGUAAUGGCUCAUGUGGAUCCUGAAGAGCCCUGGUCCCCCUGCAGUGCCCGCUUCAUCACUGACUUCCUGGACAAUGGCUAUGGGCACUGUCUCUUAGACAAGCCAGAGGCUCCCCUGCAUCUGCCUGUGACUUUCCCUGGCAAGGACUAUGAUGCUGACCGCCAGUGCCAGCUGACCUUUGGGCCUGACUCACGUCAUUGUCCACAGCUGCCGCCACCCUGUGCUGCCCUCUGGUGCUCUGGCCAUCUCAAUGGCCACGCCAUGUGCCAGACCAAGCAUUCACCCUGGGCCGAUGGUACCCCCUGUGGGCCCUCACAGGCCUGUAUGGGUGGUCGCUGCCUCCAUGUGGACCAGCUCCAGGAUUUCAAUAUCCCACAGGCUGGUGGCUGGGGUCCCUGGGGGUCAUGGGGUGACUGCUCUCGGAGCUGUGGGGGUGGUGUCCAGUUCUCUUCCCGGGACUGCACUCGGCCCAUCCCCCGGAAUGGUGGCAAGUACUGUGAGGGCCGCCGCACCCGCUUCCGUUCCUGCAACACUCAAGACUGCCCAACUGGCUCAGCAUUGACCUUCCGUGAAGAGCAGUGUGCUGCCUACAACCACCGCACCGAUCUCUUCAAGAACUUCCCGGGGCCCAUGGACUGGGUGCCUCGCUACACGGGUGUGGCCCCCCGGGACCAGUGCAAACUCACUUGCCAGGCCCGGGCACUCGGCUACUAUUAUGUGCUGGAGCCACGGGUGGUUGAUGGGACUCCCUGUUCCCCAGACAGCUCCUCAGUCUGUGUCCAGGGCCGCUGUAUCCAUGCUGGCUGUGACCGCGUCAUUGGCUCCAAAAAGAAGUUUGACAAGUGCAUGGUGUGCGGUGGGGAUGGUUCUAGCUGCAGCAAGCAGUCUGGCUCCUUUAAAAAAUUCAGGUACGGAUACAACGAUGUGGUCACCAUCCCGGCGGGGGCUACCCACAUCCUAGUGCGCCAGCAGGGGACCCAGGGUCCCCGGAGCCUCUACCUGGCCCUGAAGCUCCCAGAUGGCUCCUACGCCCUCAAUGGUGAAUACACACUGAUCCCCUCCGCCACAGACGUCGUACUGCCGGGGGCAGUCAGCCUGCGCUACAGCGGGGCCACGGCAGCCUCUGAGACGCUGUCAGGUCACGGGCCCCUGGCGCAGCCCUUAACGCUGCAGGUCCUAGUGGCUGGCAACCCCCAGAACACACGCCUCCGAUACAGCUUCUUCGUGCCCCGACCAGCUCCUUCAACACCACGUUCCACUCCCCAGGACUGGCUACAGCGCAAGGCACAGAUUCUGGAGAUCCUUCGGCGGCGCUCCUGGGCGGGCAGGAAAUAACCUCAUCAUCCCGGCUGCCCUUUCUGGGCACCCGGGCCUCGGACUUAGCAGAGGGAGAAUGAGGGGCUCUGCGGCUCCCUCAGGCCAAGAUGCAAUGGCGAGGGGCUGGGAGGGCGAGUUCUGCCCCUCCUCUCUGCCUUAAUGUGCAGGCUGGCCCUGCCCUGGUUUCCUGCCCUGGAUGGCAGUGAUGGGUGGUGGAUGGAAGGGGCUGGGAGGCAGUCCCCUACCUAAACUGCCCCCUCUGCCCUGCGGGUCACAGGAGGGAGGGGGAAGGCAGGGUGGGUCCCGGUUGUAUUUAUUUGGUAUUUAUUCACUUUUAUUUAGCACCAGGGAAGGGGAUAAGGGCUAGGGUCCUGGAGUACCUGUCUCCCUGCUCUCAUAGCCCUCACCCUGGCUAGAAAUCCAGGGUGGUGGUGAUAGUGUGUGUUUGUGUGUGAGAAAAUGUGUGUGUAUGUGUGUGUGUGUGUGUGUGUGUGUGUGUGUGUGUGUGUGUGUGUGUGUGUGUGUGUGAGGUUCAUCCUGCCCGGCUUUCCUCUCCCUAAAUUUUAUCUUUUGGGAAAGAAAGAGUCAAGGGUAGGAUGGGCCUUCAGGGAGUAAGGGAUUAUCAUAUUUUUUAAAAUAUAAAUUCUGCUAUUUAUGUGCUCCUUUUGGAGUCGGACUGAUGUGGGUUGCACCCUGGCUCCACAUCUCUGAACAUUAGUUUCCUCAUUUGACAAUAAUAAUACCUCCCUUGGAACUUUGUUGUAACGAUUAAAUAAUGUAAAUAAAGAACUAGCAAUAAUGCCUAGCACUUGGUAAGUGCUCAACAAAUGUCA